UCCGGAUACGCACAUGAAGAAGGUUACACUAUUAGUGGCGGCCAACCCAAUUCUGAAUUCUGGAAAUAUAAUGGACGACGGCGGCGACAACUUCUUGCUGCCGCAAUGCCUCAAGAAGAGUGCGAUGCCACCGAGACCUCGCUUUGUCGAUCGGUCUGGGAAGCCGCUACUGCGGACGCGAAGUCGCCCGAAUCCUGGCAACACGUCUCGCGGCAUCCUCAACAUUGCGCGCACGGGUGGCAACUGGAAGCAGAUCUACUGGAACGAUCUGUACCAUACUGUGAUUAACGUGAAGACGCCGACGUUGAUCUCGGGCGUCGUCGUGUCGUACGUGCUCGUGACGUUCGUCUUUGCAUGCUUGUACUUGGUGGUGUCGUACAACGAUGCCAAAUGCAACGUCGGGAUCAAAACGCUCACGGAAGCGUACAUCUUUUCGAUCGAGACGAUUAUGACCAUCGGGUAUGGUGCGCCGACAGACGACAUCUUCUACGGCGGCUGUGGGUCCAUGGCGCUGCUUUUGACGUUGGAGAGCUUCUCUGGCAUAUUCAUCAAUGCGCUGAUGGUGGGGAUGUUCUUCAUCCAUUUUUCCCGCGCGUCGACACGAGCCCAGUCCAUCGUGUUCACGACCAACGCCGUGAUUCGUCGCAUCCGAGGCGAGUAUUACUUCAUCUUUCAAGUAUGCGAGCGCCGCAAGCACCAGCUCGUGGAAGCGCAUGUCCGAUGCUACGCCGUGCGAGACCAAGUCGACGACGACGGCGGCGGCCUCUUCCAGACGCACAGCAUGCGCCUGCAGCAACCAGACGACGACCUCGGGUCGUACUUGCUCAUGGCGAUGCCGCAACUGGUCGUCCAUCGCAUCGAUCAGUGGAGCCCCCUCUUUCCGCCAGAAUGCCGGCCGUCUUCGUACAACGCGACCACCACCCCAGCGUACCCGGACCCGCUGCAACGCGCCGUGGACCACGACAACGGCAACCGCGACGCCGACUCCCCGCAGGUGGCCACGCCCGUGACGCGGACCUCCAUCGAGCGGCACUUUGAAAAGACCAAUAUGGAGGUGGUCGUGAUCCUCGAAGGCGAAGACAGCACCACGUCCAACACGGCCCAGGCGCGGCACUCGUACCAACUGACCGACAUUGUGUGGGACCACAUGUUUGCUCGAUGCGUCAAGCGCCACCCACAGACCAACGGCGUCUGGAUCGACUUUGACAUGUUCCAUGAUCUCGUGCCAGUGUCGUCGGACGCCGCCGCGGUUGUAUCAACGUCCAUCUUUUAACGUUCGUUUCCUAUACCAUCCUGCUAUGUAGCCACGGUCGGUCGUGUUACCGCCCUGGUCUUUGGACUAGUAACGUUAAGUAACGUUAUAUUUCGAACGCACUGGUUGCUGCU